AUGAAGGUUACUGGGAUUUGGUUCAUGCCGCUACUCUUUCACGGAUUGAUGGCCGUAAACACACAUCUAGAUCUCUCGGAAUUUUCCAAGGCAGCUAGUCCAUUCCCAAGCGAUAACCCGACAUUCCAAAGUGUUGCCUAUAGGAAAAAUGACGAUUACCAACGUUCCACAUGGAGCCAACUGAUCUACAACGAUGCCUGGCAGAACACCUGGUCCAGAGAUAUUGAGAUCAGCAUUUCAACCCAUGCCGUCCAAAACGAGCCGGCCGCAAAUCGAAUUAAGGUUUGGAAUGCUGGGGAGUUGGAGGUGGAGUACUGCUUGAAGCAUCUUCCGAGUGGUCGAUGGACACCUGUCAGGAAGCUUGAACAUCGGGAGCGCGUUUACCUCGAGCCUGGAAUCCAGCAGGUCGAGCUCCACCUCCGACAAAUCCGCUACCGCACUACGCCUCGACAACCUAGAUCAUAA